AUGACGGUUCUAAGUCAUCUGAAACGAGUCCAACAACACAAUGUCGCGACUCUGCGCCGGUCUCCCAUCGCCGAGAUCUCUGGCGCUCUGGGCGACCUGGGCACUCUCCUGCCCUUGAUGAUCGCGCUGGCGGUCCAACGCUCCAUCUACCUUGACAGCACUCUUGUGUUUUCCGGAAUCUUUAAUGUCGUGACCGGCGCCGUCUUCGGCAUCCCGCUCCCGGUGCAGCCGAUGAAGGCCAUCGCCGCCGCCGCCAUCUCGCGGCCCGAGUACGGCAGCAUCCGAACCGUCAUGGCCGCCGGCCAAUGGGUCAGUCUUGCCGUUCUCGUCAUGAGCCUCACGGGCCUGAUCCGCUGGGUCACCAAGAACGUCCCCGUCCCCGUCGUCAAGGGCAUCCAGCUCGGCGCCGGCCUCUCCCUCGUCAUGGCCGCCGGCUCCAGCCUGCUCCGGGACCUGCACUGGACGCACCCCGUCGUCGACAACAGGCUCUGGGCCCUGGCCGCCUUCCUCGUGCUCAUCUUCACCCAGAGGCUGCCGCGCUUCCCGUACGCGCUGUGCGUCUUCGCCUUGUCCCUCGUCUUCGCCUUCAUCGCCAUCCUCACCGAGCACGGCGGCUCGCACGGCCUCGGCGUGUCCGGCGUCUGGGAGCCUCGCUGGUUCCGGUGGGACCUCGACUGGUUCAAGUACAAGCCGCUGUCCAUGGCCAUCGGCCAGCUGCCACUCACCACCCUCAACUCCGUCAUCGCCGUCAGCGCCCUCGCCGCAGACCUGCUGCCGGAUAUGCCCACGCCGUCGGUGACGGCCAUGGGCAUCAGCGUCGGCCUCAUGAACCUGGUCGGCACCUGGUGGGGCGCCAUGCCCGUGUGCCACGGCGCGGGCGGGCUCGCGGCGCAGUACCGCUUCGGCGCGCGCAGCGGCGCGAGCGUCAUCAUGCUGGGCCUGUUCAAGAUCGUCCUCGGCGUCGUCUUUGGCAACUCCCUUAUCGACCUGCUCAAGCACUACCCCAAGAGCCUGCUGGGCGUCAUGGUCAUCGCCGCGGGCCUCGAGCUGGCCAAGGUCGGACACAGCCUGAACCACGGCGCCUCGGACCUCUGGGAGAGCUCCGUCGGCAGCGGGGGCGGCGGCAUCAUGAGGCAGCACCGCACGCUCUCGGACGACGAGAGGGCCGAGAGGUGGACGGUCAUGCUGAUGACCACGGCGGGCAUCCUCGCGUUCCGGAACGAUGCCAUUGGCUUUGUGGCGGGCAUGUUGUGCUAUUCGGCGUACCGCCUCUCGGACAGGACGCAGAAGUGGUGGGAGAGCAGGAGAUCUCUAACCCGCGGCGAGAGGGCGCCGCUUCUGAGCUAA